AUGGUCCAACGACUGGUAGAGACAUUUGGUCCGACAAGUCCAUAUAGCACAGAGAUCAGGGUGGGAGCUGCCGGUAUAGUGGCAACGGUUGCUGGCAGCAUCCGUUUGGACCAGUUCCCAGAUCAAGGGAUGAUGAUGAUUGAGUGCAUAUCAUCCCUGCUUGACACAUUUGAGGAAUACAGUUGGCGACCUGAGGGACAUCGGCGACAUACGGAUCUACCCAAAGAGUACGAGCGGGACUGGCUGCUCGAUGAACAAGAUUUUUUUCUGGUCGUGUACAACGAUUCUUACAAAAUUCCAAGUUGUACAAGGGCCGCUGACUGCAACGGUAACCCGCUCCAGGGCUACAAAAGUCUGGUGGUGCAAGGCCUGCUUAUCCUCCAGAAGCUCGCAAUCAACGAGAACAACUGCAGAGUCAUAAGCAACACUGAAGGUCUGCUAUCCAAGACGAUGUCGCACCUAACCUCAGACAAACUCCACAGGGACCAUCAUGAUGAAUGGUCCAUCAUAGCAGAGGAAUCACUAGAAUUCAUGAAUCGGUUGAUGGCUACUCUAGGAGGGACCGAAACAACAAAGCUGACGACAAGUGAGAUCUCAAGCAACAGCCAAGCGACGAUCUUUAGAACCCUGGGGUGCCACAAAUGUCCAGUGUUGCUGAAAAGACAAGCCGCAAAGGUCCACUUGCAUCUGUCUCCGGAUACACCGCCCUCCAUUGUGCCCGCUGGAAAUGGAAGCAACAGCAUAAUAUUCAUAUGGAUACUACUGGACAUUUUUCUGGUGCCAGAGCCAUAUUAUCACUUUGUUCGCAAGAAGCGCGGCGCCGGCGCCACUCAUCUGUUAAAACAGAGCAGCUACACCACAAGAUUAGCAGGUGAAAAGAUGCAGGCCAUGAUACAUUCGAAAACGGAGGCAAGUGGCACGAGUAUGCUACCAUCAGUUGUUGGUGACGUCAUUGGCAGCCUCGCCAGAACUGUUGCAGCAAUGUUCCUGAGGCAUCUCUGUGGAAGUUACCCCAAGGAAGAUGAAAAUCUCCAGAAGCUGAAGAAAGCCAUGUCCAGUGUGAUGCCAGAGGUGCUCCAAGAAAUUGUCCAUUGGCCCGCGACUGAAGAAAAACAAGUUGUAACAGAAGCAAACAACGGCGGCAAGGUUCUUCUGAUAGAGGGCCCGGACCUAGAGCAAGGUGGUGUUCCGCAUGAUAAUGAUAAUCGAGAGGAAAGCAGCUCUACCCCUUAUUAUCAGCAAAAGGGUGAGCAACACCAGGGAAUCCAACUGUAG